UCGAUGACUUCUGUGCAAAAGAUCUCUCGACGGGACACUACGUUUUGUAAAUCAAUCAUCUUUCGCUUCACAGACACGGACGAGAAGUUAGUAGUAACCCGAUCAUCCUACUACAAGUAGACUACGGUCUAUUGAUACUAACAAACCGUUGGAACAUAGACUUGGUUGUGCCAGUAUGUCAGCCUUCAUCGAGUCAUUCGACAUCGUUGCGACGUAUCGCAAAUUUCUGAAAGAUGAUCCGGCCAUGACUAUGCCAGUCGCUGCUAUCGAAGCGCUGGUCGUUCUGCUAAGCAAAACAAGCUUGUCUACUGCGUCAGAAUUAAUCGAUAUACUAGCAAAGGCAGUACAAGAGCUGAAAGGCGGUGUCAAAAACUCAAUCAGUUUAUCCGCGGGAUGUGAUAUGUUUCAACGUUUCGUGCUGAGAAAUAUCCAGGAAUACGGUGAUUGGGAAGCGUGCAAGCAGCACUUGGUUACGAAUGGUGGCUUGUUUUUAAAAAGAGCGAAGGAGUCGAGAUUCAAGAUUGCCGAACUCGGCCUGUCGUUUAUCAGAGACGAUGACACAAUUCUCAUCCACUCUCACUCUCGCGCGGUGACAGAACUACUGCUCCUAGCCGCUCGCCGCCACGUCAGAUUCAGCGUUUUCGUCACCGAAUCGAGACCUACGGGCGAAGGACGCGUCACUGCGAAAACACUACGCGAACACGGAAUCCCUGUUCGAGUGAUUGCCGACGGUGCGGUCGGCUACGUCAUUCAGAAAGUCGACAAGGUCUUUGUCGGUGCUGAAGGUGUAGCUGAGAGUGGUGGUAUAAUAAAUAGAAUCGGAACCUAUCAGAUUGCCGUUCUUGCUAAGGAUGCCAAUAAGCCAGUCUAUGUAGUCGUCGAGAGUCACAAAUUCGUCCGUCUAUUCCCUCUAUCCCCAUUCGACAUCCCCGACGACAACCCAGCCUCCACAACGUUCUCUACCGACCCAGACUUACCGGACGAAGACUACGAUGAGGUUUUGCACAACAGUCCGUUGCUCGAUUUCACGAGCGAUAAUCUGAUUACUGCGCUAAUCACGGAUAUCGGUGUAUUGACCUCCAACGGAGUUAGCGAGGAGUUGAUCAAAAUGUGGUAUGACUAGUUUUCUGAAUAUAAAAUAAAAGAACGAAUAUUUCCAGUACGCGUAUAUAGAUUACUUUCGUAAAUAAUCUGCUGUUUCAGGAUAAAAAAUGGGUAGUAUUACUGUAGGCUCAGCGUAAA